CAAGAUCUGUCUGCAUCAGAAUCUCUGGAGACUAAAGCUGGGACUUCCUUCCUCCCUAGAGGCCAGCAGGGGCUGCGAUUGCUGUAAGAGUUGGUCACGUGGCAAAGUUUCCUGUAUGCUGCUGCCGCCGGGUGUCCAUGGCCCGCACCCCCAAGUUGCCACUGCAACAGUCAGAGUGGCAGUCGGAGGUUCGGUCCAUGCCGUACCCUCCGGACAGCGCUGGUGAGGCUGAGCAAGAGCCCUCUGCAUCUCAACACGUAGGAGAGAACAGCAACAGCCAGAGCGGAGGACGAUGUUGCGCCGCAAACCAUCCAAUGCCAGUGAGAAGGAGCCCACUCAGAAGAAAAAGCUCUCACUUCAGCGCUCCAGCAGCUUCAAGGAUUUUGCCAAAUCCAAGCCCAGCUCCCCUGUGGUGAGCGAGAAAGAAUUUAAUCUGGAUGAUAAUAUUCCAGAAGAUGACUCAGGUGUCCUUACCCCAGAGGAUACUGGGAAGAGUGGCAAAAAGUUGGGAAAGAAGUGGAGGGCAGUCAUUUCCCGAACCAUGAACAGGAAGAUGGGCAAGAUGAUGGUGAAGGCCCUGUCAGAGGAAAUGGGAGACACGCUGGAGGAGGGUUCAGCCUCACCAACAUCUCCAGACUGCAGCCUGGACAGCCCUGGCCCUGAGAAGAUGACCCUGGCCUUUUCUGAGCAGGAGGAGCGUGAACUCCCAGUGCUCAGCCGCCAGACAUCAACAAGCAGUGAGCUCUGCAGUCCCAGUCCAGGCUCUGGAAGCUUCAUGGAGGAGCCACCUGCUCCCCAGUACACCGGGCCUUUCUGUGGGCGAGCACGAGUCCACACUGACUUCACUCCCAGCCCCUAUGACCACGACUCACUGAAACUGCAGAAAGGAGAUAUGAUCCAAAUCAUUGAAAAGCCACCUGUGGGCACGUGGUUGGGCCUGCUCAAUGGCAAGCUGGGCUCCUUCAAAUUCAUCUAUGUAGAUGUGCUGCCUGAGGAGGCUGUGGGGCCUGUGCGCCCCAACCGUCGACAGAGUAAGGGCAAGAGACCAAAGCCCAAGACUCUGCAUGAGCUGCUGGAGCGCAUUGGCCUGGAGGAACACACAUCCACACUGUUGCUUAAUGGCUACCAGACACUGGAGGACUUCAAGGAGCUGCGGGAAACACACCUCAAUGAGCUGAACAUCAUGGACCCACAGCACAGGGCCAAACUGCUCACAGCUGCAGAGCUGCUGCUCGACUAUGAUACAGCUGGUAGCGAGGAGGCAGAAGAGGGCGCUGAGAGCAGCCAGGAGCCAGUGGUGCACACAGUGUCGGAAUCCAAGGUGGACAUCCCACGAGACUCUGGCUGCUUCGAGGGUUCGGAGAGCGGUCGUGAUGAGGCAGAGCUGGCAGGCACAGAGGAGCAGCUGCAGGGUCUCUCCCUGGCAGGGGCGCCUUGAAGUAGAGAUGGCACAGACUGAGGCUGAGAGGCUGAGCCCUAGCUGCAGAGGCUGCAGGAAUGGGUGUGGCCUCCCAUAAUGACUCAGACCCAGACGACUGAUGCAGAAUCUAGCCCUGCUUCCCCAGAGGAACUUACAGCUGAAGGCCCUGCCAGGGCACUACGGCCUCAACUGGAGUGGAUGAGAGACUGACCAAAGGCUUAUCUCACCUACUGGACCCUUUCCCUCCACCCGUGACUGACAGCGCAACCCUUCCUGGUACCACGCACUCUCCCACCAUGGCCACAGCAAGUGGUGCACCAAGGAUCCUAGCCAUGGCUACCACCACCAAGGCCCCCUAAACCUUCUUGCCCUCGCACCAUUGUUGCACUGCUUCUAAGAAGGACACCAAAUUAGUGUUUCAGGUCAGUCUCAAAACCCUAGGGAGGCUGGCCAUUUCAAAGGACCUCAGUUGGGCAUAGGUGAAUCCAGUAUUCCCUAAGUAAGAUUUGGGGGAAGCUGUGUGUACCAUUCCCACUACCCUCCUUGAAGUUUUAGAAGUCUGACCACUAAGUCGCUAUGAGACUUGAACUACAUGCCUGCCUUUCUUUGGUUUAGGCUUGGUCGGUAUUAGAAUGGCAGUUACUGAAGGCCCUGCCAGCUCUGAUGUUCUGCAUCUUUAAAUAUCUGCUGUCCUGCUACCUACCAUCCAGGACACCAGUGAGCUUCUUGAGGAGGCUGGAGGGGCCUCCACUUUCAAAUGAAAUAGCUCCUCCUUCUCAUUCAUUUCAUUCCUUCCCAUGUGCCUCAAAUUGAGCUGCAACUCUUCGCAGCUUGAAAAAUGGCCAUACCUCAAAAAAAUAAGUGCACCCACCUGUUCUUUGGCCCCUUCAAAUGAGAUUUCCCACAAGGCUGAUGGCAGAUGAUCACACCUGGCUUCCAAUGACAUAGCUACCUUUUGGAAGCCAGGUGCAAGUAUGGGUCCUAGUUUGGCCAUUUGUGUGGAUCUUCACAAGCAAAAGGAGCCUUUUGCUUGACAUUGGAGGGCACUAAACCCAACACUGCUCUGCUAAAUGUUUUAGUGCCCUGAGCUCCAAAAGGUGUGGCAAAAGCAAGCCUGUGCCCUGAAUCUCCCAGAGCAUCCCUUCCUUGUACAGGGCAAACAGUGCCCACUAUACAUAAGAUUGCCUGCUUAGUAAGUAGGCACACUUCUGACCUAUUCCCAAGAACUUUCAUAAAAGUUAGUUUGGGUGAAGGAGUCCCAUGUACAUAGAGGGGCAUGGUGAGACAAAUUAG